GUUUAUCAUUUCAUUUUGGAAACAGCAAUGACAUCAGGAAAAGAAAUUAACUUCUCCGGGACUCUUUGAUCAUUGCCAGGGAUGGACAAACAAAAAGAAAUCGAGACUCAUCAGACCAGGCAACAUUCUUCCAGUCUUCAACUGUCCAAUUUUGUGCUGAACCGGCUCAUCACAGACCUCCAUUCCUUCCUGGCUGUGCUGGACAGUGAGAACCUCAGCUACAUUGCCCAGGCCCAGAAGAAGUCCAUCUCAGAGCUGCUGUCCAAGCUGCAAGAUACCCCUGUCGAGGAUGCUGAGUACAUGAUCAUGAGCUGUCCCUCAGGGGCCCCAAGCAACGAUCUCAGGGAAACCCAGCUGUCAAGAACAGAUUACCUUUUCCAGUCAGGAUCUGACCUGGACUCAGCUGUGGAGCCUUUGUCCUUCGUCUCUACUGAAUGGCCACGGAAAGGGAGCAAGGGGCCUGCUGUACCACCCCACCCCCCGGAGGGCUUAGAUGAGGACUGCUAUGAAGAGGCUGAGCCGUUUGUUCCAAUCAAUCACCCCACAGACCAAAUUGACUCUGACAGCAGUCACUACGAGUCAUAUGGCGAGGAAGACGAGGAGGAGUUUGUGAAGGACCGGGCACAUUAUAUCCAAUGGAGUUCCUCACAGCCCUGUCUGAGGCCUGCUCCUGAGUCCCGCAUCUGUGGAUACCUAUGGAGGAAGAAAUGGCUGGGCCAGUGGACCAAACAGCUCUUUCUCAUUCGCAACAAUCUGCUCUUGUGCUACAAAUGUGCCAAGGACCUCCACCCGCUGGUGGAGAUGAACCUGCAUGGCUGCCAGGUGGUUUACAAGUCCAAGCACAACAAGAAGAUGCAGCAUGAGCUCAAGGUGGUGGCUGGCUCCGACACGGUGGUGAUGGGUUUCCAGAGCUGCCAGCAAGCGGAGGAGUGGAGGAAGAUCAUCGAGGAGGUGAGCGGCUCCUCCUAUUAUGGGCUGGACUCUCAGAGUUCCUCGUUCCUCAAGUGUGAGAGACUGGACUCUUGCAGGUCAAGCACAGUCAUUCACACUUCGGACUCAGAUGAAGAUAAACUGUCUGCGUUGCCCUCUGCUCACAACAGUGUGGAAAUAAAGGAUAAAGGGGUUCUGAAUGUUCUGAUGAACUGCCAGUGGCAAAGCCUUUGGUGCCAGGUGGACAACAGUGUACUGAAGAUGUUCAGAGAGGAGGGCUGCCAGGAGAGUCCCCAGUACACAGUACAGCUGAGGGGCUGCCAGGUCCAACCAGGCCUCGACACGCCUCAGGCCUAUCGCAUCACUGUGGUCCAACAUGGAGACCCAGUCGCUGUACUGGAGGCCAGCUGUGCGGAUGAAAAAGAGCAGUGGAUCCAGCUCCUACAGGAGGGGUGUAUUAGUCAUGAUCACUCUGACCCUCUUUACCACCGUGAUGCAAUGCCUGCUGGAGCCCUCAGUGGUUUGAAGGAAAAAAGGUUCCCAACCUCAAACAUGUACAUAGACGACCCCUUUAACCAGCUCUGUGGAAGUGGCCUCUCACAACCAGUCUACUCCAACACUGCCAUACUGGAGCACAUGUUCCAGAAUUCCCAAAACCUUGGCGGAAAAGACUCAGUGUCGUCUAAGGAUACAGUCAACUAUAGCAACUCUGAGAUCUUUAACAACCACACUAGGAAAUCCUGUGAAGUUGAGCGGGGAGUUCAGAAACUGGACUUGACUGGGAAGAGGCGGAUGCAGCUGAGAGCCGGGUCAGAGAUGAAUCUUGUCACUGCAGGGAAGCCCAAACGCACCUCCUUCAGACAGUCUUUGGCCUUCUGUACAGAUCGGGCACAGGGCGGUUUCUUCACUCCACUACUACGUAGGACUGCCUCAGCUAAAAACUCACUGAAAAGGGCACCGUCUGCCCUCUUUAUUGAGCACGGCAAGGUGUUUCAGAGAAAGAAGGAGUGGGAGACAAAGGCCUCAACUUGAUACUGGUCGUUACGAUAACAAUUACCUUGUAUAUAUUGCCUGAUUUGUAUUAGUAGAUAUAUAUAUAUAUAUAUAUAUAUAUAUAUAUUGCACUGAACAACAUAUUAACCGUGCAUGUGGAUCAUGCACUAAGGUUUGUAUUUCUUUUUUUAAAUUGAUACAUCAAGUAAUUUGCUAGGGGUCUUAGACCCGUUUCCCCCUGCUCUAAAAAACACUUUUUCAUGGGAAAUAUGAUAAAUACAAUUCUAUUGAAAACCUUUGCGAGGACUGACUAAAGAAUUCAGGUUGUCUCUUUGAGGUGUAACAUUUGUUGUUUUGUCUUAAAGCAUAGUAUGUCUAAUUUUGUCUAUGUAUGUAUAAAUAUUCACAAAACUUGACUUUGCACUGUUAUCACCACUUGAGUUACAAUAAAUAUACAAUGUUUAAAUCAGGAAAAUCACAUAUGUACAUAGAUAUUAAAUUAUGUCAUGUUCACCUUAUACACUUCUGUGGUAUGAUUUAAACAGCAGUCUACAACAUGAAAAUAAGAUGGCAUCAUCAUUUUCUUUUUUGUACCAUUACGUUUCGCUUCGUAUCACUGAGAUGUUUUACCUCCGUGAAAUAUUUUGUAAUACAUUUUCAAGUAUUGUUUUUUAAUUUGUUUGUUACAUUUUGGAUGGCCUACAAAUUGCUGUAAACUAAUAACUGUGGUAAUAAAACACUAAUUGCAAAAGUGUUUGCAUUUUCUAAAUGUAAUUGAGUUAUAAACAAAACAGAAAGUUAAUAAUAGGUGUCAAACUCAACCAUUGACUUGACAUUAGAUGUUACAUGAUGCCAGUGGCGGUCACUACCAUUAGGCAAGGUAGGCAGCGGCCUAUGGCUUCUGAAG